ACAAGCGUUCUUCCUCUGGUUUUCUCUCCCCGUCAGAGGUAAGUUUGCAGUGGUGAGGAAGUGUGUGGAGAAGAGCACAGGGAAAACAUAUGCAGCGAAGUACAUGAGGAAGAGGAGGAAGGGCCAGGAUUGCAGAACGGAGAUCCUUCACGAGAUCGGCGUGCUGGAGCUGGCAGCGGCCUGUCCACGAGUCGUCAAUCUCCACCAGGUCUACGAGACGGCCAGCGAGAUGGUGCUGCUCCUGGAAUAUGCUGCCGGAGGGGAGAUUUUUAACCAGUGUGUGGCAGACCGAGACGAGGCCUUCAAAGAGGACGACGUGAAGAGGCUGAUGAAGCAGAUCCUGGAGGGAGUUUCCUUCCUUCACGGGAACAACGUGGUGCAUCUGGACCUCAAACCUCAGAAUAUCCUGCUGACCAGCGAGUCUCCUCUCGGGGACAUAAAGGUGGUGGACUUCGGCCUGUCGCGGCUGGUGAGCAGCAGUCAGGAGAUCAGGGAGAUCAUGGGCACACCGGAGUACGUGGCACCAGAAAUCCUGAACUAUGAGCCAAUCAGCACAGCGACUGACAUGUGGAGCAUCGGUGUCCUGGCGUACGUGAUGCUGACGGGGAUCUCGCCGUUCCUGGGGGACGAUAAGCAGGAGACCUUCCUCAACAUCUCUCAGAUCAACAUCAGCUACACGGAGGAGGAGCUGCAGCAUCUGGACAGAGCCGCCAUCCACUUCAUCAAGAGCCUGCUCAUCAAAGAGCCAGAGAGCCGAGCCACCGCAGAAGACUGUCUGAAGCACCAGUGGCUCCAGCCGGAGGAGGCCUGUCUGGUGAGCGUCUCGGAGCCCGUCGGUCCUGCUGAUGAAGACGAGGAGGAGGAGGAGGAGGAGGAGCUGAUCGUGAUGGCUGCUUACACCCUGGGCCAGUGCCGCCAGUCCUCCGAUGAACCGAGCCUGACCCCGGAUCAGAAGGACAUCUCCAAACGCUUCAAGUUCGAGGAGCCCUUCUCUGCGCGGCCUGGAGAGUUCAUCUGCUGAUGCACACGUCUGUCCUUCGGUCUCUGCGCUUCUCUCCCUCAUCAUUUCAGUUGAAAGCCAAACCGUUUGUGUUUCACUGGUUGCUCUUGUUUCUGUGUGUGCUGCUUUAUAUUUCCACGGUUAAGAUACUGAAGCCUUGCUGUGGUUCUCUCCUUCUUUGGUGCCAUGCUUACGUACUCGAUAAGGGUCAGGCUUGUGGUCGUUCCUUUUUCGCCGUGUUUGUGCAAAAUUAAUGUUGUGUGUUUUUCUGCGACACGAGGGCAAGCAGAAUUAAAUGUAAAUUAACCCAGUUUUAUUUUAAGAGUAUUUCUGUGUCAUGUUUAAAAAAAGCCAUUUUGUAUGUUGAGCUCCUGGCUGACGUUAAGGUCUUUCCCGGAUAAAUAUUUCACAGCAAUAACACUUCCAUUCACACACAUAUAUAUAUGAAGAGCGUGUCUUUCUGUGUUUAUUUUAACUCAUGUUAGAGUUAUAACUGUAAAUUGAUUUGUCACUGUAAAGAAUAUUUUUAAGUGACCGUCUUGAUGCUGUAAAUAAAAGUUUGU